UCUUGUGUUCGGGUCGUGGACAAUGGAAGAGAAAGCCAUCACAGGAAAUGUUUCUUCAUUUUCACACUCUGCAAUACUUCUAAUCAUAAUGAUCAGCUGAAGCUUGGGGCAACCAGCUCAGAAGAAGCAGCUAAGUGGAUUAGUUCUUUACAAGAUGCUGCUGUUAAGCCAGUUACGGACAUGUUUUUUUGUUCCAAAAGGAAAUAUCAGCCUUUUAGCCUGACUGUUACCAAAAGAAUGGCAAAAAGGUCUAUCGACUGGACAGCAGCAUCUUCUUCGCAUGUAGAUGUCAUCACAUCUGAUGUAAUCUCACCUUCUCCGUGGAAAAUAUUUGGUUGUGAAAAUGGAUUACGUCUUUUCAAAGAAGCCAAAGACAGAGACUCAAAUGGAAGGCAUUGGGAGGAUACACCAGCCAUAAUGGCAGUUGGCGUCAUCAAUGCAGGCUCGGAAGAUGUUUUUCGUACGGUUAUGGAUAUUGGUCCAUCAAGGACCGAAUGGGAUUUUUGUUACUACAAGGUACUGUGGUUGAGCAUCUGGAUGGUCAUACUGAUAUCAUUCACAUUCAGCUGUAUAACCAUUGGCUUCCAUGGUCCAUGAAACGACGGGACUUGCUGAUAAGACGUUACUGGAGAAGAGAAGGCGAUGGCACAUAUG